GCAGCACGAACAUCCAACACCCAGCGCCCGUGAAGACAUUGCCAAUCCGCAUCUUCACUCACCGCAAUCAUGGGUAUCUCUCGUGACUCCCGUCACAAGCGCAGCGCCUCUGGUGCUAAGCGCGCAUACUAUCGCAAGAAGAGAGCUUUCGAGAAGGGUCGUCAACCCGCCAACACCCGUAUCGGCCCCAAGCGUGUUCACUUGGUGCGCACUCGUGGCGGCAACCGCAAAUUCCGUGGACUGCGUCUCGACUCCGGCAACUUCUCGUGGGGCAGCGAGGGCAUUUCCCGCAAGGUCCGCGUGAUCGCUGUGGCUUUCCACCCUUCCAACAACGAGUUGAUCCGAACCAACACCCUCACCAAGUCCGCCGUCAUCCAGGUCGAUGCUGCACCUUUCCGUCAGUGGUACGAGGCUCACUACGGCCAGCCACUGGGCCGCAGACGUCAAGCGAAGUCCGAGACCGAGGAGGUCAAGAAGAGCAAGAGCGUUGAGUCGAAGCAGGCUGACCGCCUGAAGGCCCACGGCAAGGUUGAGUCUGCCAUUGAGCGCCAGUUCGAGGCUGGUCGCCUGUACGCCGUUGUUGCCAGCCGUCCUGGUCAGAGUGGCCGUGUCGAUGGUUACAUCUUGGAGGGUGAGGAGCUUGCUUUCUACCAGCGUGCUAUCAGGAAGUAAAUCCCACCAGUGGGCUUCCUGCAUGGACGCAACAUACCAGACUUCUGUGCGGCGUUUUUGGGCAUGGCUGGCGAGGUUGCUUCGCUGUGCGUGAGCAUGAUACGGAUGGGCAAAGGCAAGAGCUGCACGUUCAUCUGCUCGAUCGGGCAGCUUGUAUGGUAGUACACUACAGGCAAUGCAAAAGCGCUAUGAAGGAAGAAUUAUCACAUGAUUUGACGAACACUCUC